AUGUUUCUCCGCAAGAAGAGCUCGCUGACGUCCAACAUCCUGGGCCGGCCGCCGGCUGACAUCCGCGACAAGUUUCUGAUGGGGAAGGAGCUGGGCAAGGGGCAGUUCGGCGUGACUUACCUGUGCACGGACAAGGUCACGGGCGAGCAGCUCGCGUGCAAGUCGCUCGCCAAGCGACGGAUUGGGUCCAAAGAAGAGGUUGAGGAUAUCAGGAAGGAGAUCGCCAUCAUGCACCACCUGGGCGGCCACCCGCACAUCGUGCAGCUGAGGGGCGCCUUCGAGGACAAGCACAACGUGCACAUUGUCAUGGAGCUCUGCGCGGGCGGCGAACUCUUCGACCGCAUCGCCGCCCGGGGCCACUACAGCGAGCGGGCGGCAUCGGCGUUAUUCAAAACCAUGAUGGGGGUGGUCGACCACUGCCACCAGAAUAAUGUCAUUCACCGGGACUUAAAGCCCGAGAAUUUUCUGCUCGCGGACCGGAGGGAGGAUGCGCCGCUGAAGGUGGCGGAUUUCGGGCUGUCGUCGUUUUACAAGGAGGGGGAGGUGUUUACUGAGACGGUGGGGAGCGCGUUCUAUGUGGCGCCCGAGGUGCUCAAGGGGAAGUAUGACAAGGCGUGUGACGUGUGGAGCUGCGGAGUCAUUCUCUUCAUCCUGCUCAGCGGCACCCCGCCCUUCUGGGGAGACACGGAGAAGCAGAUCUUCCACCAGGUGCUCAAGGCCACCCCCGACUUUGCAGCGGACCCCUGGCCACAGGUGUCGGACUCGGCCAAGGACCUGGUCAAGCGCAUGCUGCACCCCGACCCUUCUGUGCGCAUCUCCUCCGCUGACGUGCUCCGCCACCCGUGGCUGUCCCACGAGAAGCAGUCCGACAAGCCGCUGGGAGAGGCGGUGCUGAAGCGAAUCAAGAAGUUCUCUGCGGCCAACAAGAUGAAGAAGCUUGCGCUCAAGGUCAUUGCGUGCAAUCUGAGUCGCGAGGAGAUCCUGGGGCUGAAGAAGCUGUUCAAGGGGAUGGACAAGGACGGCAGCGGCAGCAUCACGUUUGCUGAGCUCAAGACCGGCAUGCAGAAGCUGGGCAACCCCAUGUCGGAGGAGCAGCUGCAGCAGAUCAUGGAAGCGGCGGACAUGGACCACAGCGGCACGAUCGACUACACGGAGUUCAUCACAGCGACGAUGCAGAUGAACAAGGUGGAGAAGGAGGAACACAUCUGGAAGGCCUUCCAGCACUUCGACCGCGAUGGGAGCGGGUUCAUCACAGUGAGCGAGCUGAGGGACGCCCUGGCGAAUGAGGACAUGCUGGAGCCGGGCGAGCUGGAGCAGAUCAUUGAAGAGGUGGACACGGAUAAGAGCGGUACGAUUGACUAUGAGGAGUUUGCAGCCAUGAUGAGGAAGCAAGACCAGGAGACAGCCGGCGCACAGAAGCAGAGGCGGACUCGCACACCCCCUCCUGUCGACCAGGCUCCUUACUGUCACAUUCACAGACUACGGAGCCAAAACGGCACCGAAGCCAGCAGCAGCAGCGACGGCAGCAGCAGGAAUGGAUAUGGAUUUGACUCGGAGGAGAGCAGAGGAAGGAGCGAGAAAUCCACGGAGGUGGAAGGUAGAGGGAAUAAAGGGGAGGAUGAGGAGGAGAGGGAGGGGACGGAAGAGUCAGAGGAGACUGAGGAGGAAGCUAGGGAGAGAGAGCAGCUGAGGGAGAGAAAGAAGCUUCAGGAGUUAAACAGGAGACGCGAAGCGGCCCUUCUCAGUCGCGAUCCGUCCACCCUUCGCUACGCUUACGUCACGCUCCUCUGCGAUGACGUCAUGGCGCCGGGAGCCCUGGUGCUGGUGCAUUCGCUGAAGCGCACUGGCACGCCGCACGACGUGGUGGUGCUGACGAUGAACGUGAGCGAGGUGACGGCGGCGCAGCUGCAGCUGCUGGGAGCGAGGGUGAAGCAGAUCGAGGAGGCCAUUCCUUAUCCCUUUCCAGCCACUCCGAACCGAGUCGCCAUCAACAAACCGUGCAGGUGGGUGGAGUGGGAGAGGCGUUUUUUGGUAGAUAUUGGGGAGUGGAAUGGUUCCCCCUUGCACCCCAUCGCGCACGGGCACGCUGCACGACGUGGUGGUGCUGACGAUGAACGUGAGUAUUCCAAGCUGUUGAUGUAUUCCAAGCUGUGGAUGUGGACGCUCACGGAGUACCACCGCUUGGUCUAUGUCGAUGCGGACCUUCUUGUAAUGAGCAGCCUCGACGACCUCUUCUGCCGCGAUGAGCUCUCGGCUGCACCGGACACCAUCCCUCCUGACCGCUUCAACAGUGGCUUGAUGGUGGUGGCGCCCAGUGACGACACGUUCAGAGACAUGCUGAGCAAGUACAGUGAGCUCUCUGCUGCACCGGACACCAUCCCUCCUGACCGCUUCAAUGGUGGGCUCAUGGUGGUGGCGCCGAGUGACGACAUGUUCAGGGAUAUGCUGAGUAAGGUAGCAACAACCAAGUCACCCAACGUGGGCGAUCAGGGCUUGCUCAACAACUACUUUUCCGACUGGUACUCUCAGGGUCCCUCCCACCACCUGCCCUACGCCGUCAACCCACUUGUUCGCCUCAGCCCGUCCCCUGCCUCCGCUUCUCUCCCCACUGCUCCCCGUUCUCCUCCUAUUCAGGUCGCCACCACCAAGUCACCCAACGUGGGCGAUCAGGGCUUUCUCAACAACUACUUUUCCGACUGGUAUUCCCAAGGCCCCUCCCACCACCUGCCCUACGCCUUCAACCCGCUCGUGCGCCUCAGCGGGUGGGAGGGGUGGGAGAAGUUUGUGCAGCCGCAGCUGAGGGUGCUGCACUUCUCAGGGAGCACCAAGCCUUGGAACACCAUGGAGGACAAGCAGUUCCCCACCACUCGCAGCUUGGACCACAUCUGGCUCGCUGCUCACAAUGACAUGCUGAAGGCUCUUACAAAAGCCAUGGCUAACACUAAAGCAGCUGGGAAUGGAGAUGGUGGCAGCACUGACGCAAGUGAGCUGUCUGGUAGGGAUGCAGCAGCAGGGGAAGGGGAUGGGGGAGUUGAGACCCUUGGGGCGGGUGGUGAAUAUACCCCUCUUUCUUCCAUCUGCCAAGAGGAGGGAGCGACCACCAAUGGCAGUGUGCGCUACGACAAGCUGACCGUGGUGCUCACAGCAACAGGCAGCAGCACACACCAGACCAUGCAAGCCAUUCGCCACUAUGCCUCAGCGCCUGUGGUUCAAGACAUCUUCGUCCUUCUCAGACAUCUCUCCACAGUGACAGUCCUUGUAAUUGAUGACACCAUUCUGGUGCCCCCUGCUGCUCUCCUCGCCACAUCCCUCCUGCGAUGGAGGGAAGCACCCAACCGCCUGCUCGGAUUCCUCCCUUCAGCCCACUUCCGCCUCUCCAAGGGCGUCCUCAAAAGGCGACUGACUGGGAGACUGGCCGUGCAUGCUACCCUGGCUGCUGUCUUGGUGAUAGACGACACAUUCCUAGUGCCCCCUGCUCUCCUCGCCACAUCUCUCCUGCGAUGGCGGGAAACCCCCAACCGCCUCCUCGGUUUCCUCCCGUCCGCCCACUUCCGCCUCUCCAAGGGCGUCCUCAAAGGGCGACUGGCCGUGCAUGCUUCCCUGGGGCCGGGAGGGGACUACUCAGUGGUUACCGGUGCUCUUCUGCUGCAUAGAAACUACCUGCAUUAUUUUUGCUGCACUAUGAGGGAGGAGGCGAGGGGGUAUUUGGAGUGGGGGAGCGAGGGAGACGGUGGGGGAGAGGGUGGGGGAGAGGGUGCAGGAGGGAGUGAGGGAGGGAGUGGGGGAGGGAGUGAAGGCGGUCUGUGGAAUCCGGCGGCUAGGGCGUGUGCUGAUGUGGCAAUGAACAUGUUGGUGACUCAUCUGUCUGACCUGUCACCGCUGACUGUGUACGACUCAACACAGGAGGUCCAAGGGCCCUUCCCCUUGCCGCCUGCUCCUGCCAUGUAA